AUGGCCAGUACGUCCAAUGACCCACUCCAGACUCUCCAGGCUGCACUUUCUGCACCUGCCAACUCACAGGAACAGGCGAAUCUGCUUGCUACCUUGCGUGAAUCUCUUGAAGCCAAUCCAGCUCCCAUUCCCAUACUUGUUCAAACACUCAUUAAUGUCGUCGUGAAUUCCGGAGAUUCUCUUCUUAAGAGAUGGAUUCUCGACCUCUUACACUUCGCGAUAUGUCGCUCUUCCCUUUCAUUGGAUCAGAGAACCCAAAUGGCCGUAAAGGCGUUGGAUACUCUUGCCCAGCUUCUGGAUGACCCUCAGCCCGCCAUUCUUAAAGUCACCAUACAAUGUCUAGCGUCCGUGUACCCACUCGUUUUCCGUCACCUAUGCACCAACCGAACCAACCCUGCGCCAUGGAACAUCCUCUCAUCUUGCAAGUCGCGCAUUAUCGACUUCGCCUUCAAUCCCAAUGUUAAUGCUGGUGUUAAACUUUCGGCUAUAAAGUUUGUACAAAGGGUUAUCUUGGUGCAAGUGCGUGGUAUAUCAGAUCCCAGACUUCAAAACAAAAAUGACCCAAACAUAUCUUUUUGCCCUGUCGACCAUCCCUUUAUCAUAGUUGGCAAACUUGAAGCAGAGGGCCAGAAAUUACUCGAAACCUUGGCUACACUGUUGUUUAGCAGCCACGAUGUCGACCUCCUUUCUGCAUUGUUGAACUCAUGGGCGAAUCUUAUUAAGCAACGUCCUGCUACCCUACCGCUGGUUGUUACCACUUUACGAUCUUGGACCCCCGCAGCUUUGGUUGGGCUUUCAGCGUCUAGUGUGCGAAGUGUUGAGAAGGCUGUUCGAAUACUCUUGACUCAUAUAUCCCGUUUGCCAAAUAGCGCCCCAUUUGUCCCACAGAUCAAUGAAGCAAUCAGCCAACAGACUAUACGUAUGGAAAAGGCUGCCGCUGAAGAAAAAAAACGUAGAGCUCUUGCAGCAGAGAGCCGUAAGCGACCGUCCUCUAACGUAAAUGAACCGUUAGAAAACAAGCGUAUCAAACUUGAAAGCGAAGCUGCCAAUUCCUCAUCCGCCGCACUCCUUGCCGCUUUCGACUUCACAUCCCUUCCGGCCCCCCUCAUUACUAAUCUUAUUGUCGCGAACCUGGAAGCCUUUACAGAGCCACAGUUGAUCGCGAUGGUCGAUGCCUACAGGCAGAGUCGAGGACUUACUGUGACAUCUACUCACUCCAUCGCAUCAGAUAAAUACUCUGUUUCAGAACCCAACGCCUCUGCUCCAUCUAAACCGAUUGUUGGACAUGAAGGUGCUGUCCCAUCUGCUCGCAAGAGUGGGGUAUCCGUUGAAAAGAGUCAAACACCUCUGGUUGAACCAUCUGAGCCUGUAAUAAAGGAUGAACCUGUUGAUCCCCUGAAGAUGGACAUCGACGAGGAGGAGCUUGAAUAUGAGCCUGAGAAGUUGAAUGAAGCACUUUCAGGUGCACCAGAAAUUGGAAACGAUUUUGUGGACACGGGAAUUGCCCCCACUGUCACAGAUUUCCAGCUUGUCGACUUUAAGCUACCACCACCUCGAGAACUCACAAAUAGCGAUCGUACGAAGCUUGUUAAUGCUUCAAUAUCUCGAGUGUGGGAUGGAGCCGAAGAACUUAACGAAAUUGGCGAUGGGCUAUCACCUGAGUCGAUUCAAGCUGGAGGGAAUUCCCCAUCCGAGAUGUGGAUGCUUCUCUUGGUGCGAAUGAUAACUCGAGUGGCUGAACCACCUUCAGAUCUCGACGGGGACACGGCUAUGGGUGAUACUAGUUCCAGUCUCGUCGAGAAUGAUUUCUAUGUACGACAGGAUCAACUUCGCCAGACGCUUUGCGAUUACAUCAUGACCGAUUUCCCUGCUCGUGUACGAUUGGCGACAACAUGGAUGAACGAAGAAUGGUAUAACGAUCAAAUUCGUUCGAUGAAAAAUCGAAGCUGGCGGCCUAAUUACGACACAUGGCUAAAUCAAAUUGUCGUUUCAUAUCAAACAAUGUUGGACGGAAAGGACAAAACCUUCGCUCGAUUCUUGUUAGAUCUUCCACUGGUACCCAAUGAUGUUCUUGAUCUACUUCGUGAUCUAUGUACAGACAGUUCAAGCCCUGAUAGGAUGCAGGUUGGAUUUACAACGUUACGAGGGUUGGUCAAUCAAAGACCAUCUCUACGCAUGGAAGCACUGAACGUUUUACUUGAGUUGACGACUCACCCAGAAAAACGAAUCCGAGGUGCAGCUAUCAAUACAGUCAAACUUUGGGUUCCAAAUUUCCCUCCUAUGGAAGGAAUGGUCCGAGAAUUUGCUUUGCAAAUGUUGCGCAAACUUCAGUUGAGAUCUGAAAACCCGUCGCAACCCCAAAAUGACGUCAUUAUGAAGAACUCCGACCAAAGUGUCAAAGACAACUUUGACAACGACGUUUUUAGCUCGAAUGAACCACUAGAAGAAGGCCAGGAUGGCCAAUCGUCACUAGAGGAUCUUGUGCAUACCCCGUAUUUACCCGAGCGUAUAGAACUUCCUGCGCAAAAAUCACAAGUCCUUCAACAUGUCGAACUCCUUUUCGCGCUUUGCGUUAAAGUGCCAGAAUUUUUGGACAGAAUAUUUGAAGCAUAUGUCAACAUGGACCAGACAGUGCAAGAAGCUAUUCAGGAUUUGAUUACUGCUCUUAUUCGAUCAUUAGGCUCGAACCACGGCAAACUUCUGACGUUGAUGCGACAAUUCCCCGUAGGGGCAGAAUCACUGGCUCUUCGCAUUAUGACCAUCUUUACAGAACAUGGGCGACCUAGCUCACAACUUGUCGCUUUGGUAAAGGCUCUCAUCAACGAACGUGAUCUUGAUGUCAGGUUCCUUAUUCCCAUUAUCGCCGAAAUGGAUAAGGCGGACAUCAUGCGUUAUCUGCCACGCAUCGUUUCUAGUCUUAACGGCCAGCAGGAACCAAAAAAUCUUGUUCGCUCUGUGUUCAGUUCGAUUGUGACAACUCCUCCUCAAUCAUUUGGUAGCGUGUCGUCGAAUCUUCCUCGAGUGAGACAAAGCGAACUGCUAACGCCUGCGGAAUUAAUGGUGCUUCUGCACGAAUCGGAAAAGGAACAUGGGUUAAAGAGAAAAAGCGCAAUAGAAGCGAUUGGGAUAUGCUUUUCGAUGACGGAUGUAUUCCGUUCAGAGGUUCUUGCUGUCGUCAUGCAGCAGAUCAUGGAUGAGCCAGUGCUCCCCGUUCUUUUCAUGAGAACGGUCAUCCAAGCUGUCACGACAUAUAAAUCUUUGGUUGGAUUUGUCUCAACAACCCUUUUCUCCCGCCUCAUUACCAAAAAAAUUUGGACAAAUCCUCCAUUAUGGGAAGGAUUUAUUCAUUGCGCCAAAGUCAUUGCCCCCGCUAGCUUUGGUGCUCUAUUGCAGCUUCCCAAAGACCAACUUCGGGAACUCGUGGACAAGCAGCCUAGCCUAAAAUCCGGCUUGAGAGAUUAUGUCACAAAGAAGGCACCCAAUAAAGCUCGGGGAGCAGGAUUCCUUGAUAUUUUUGGUGAACCAGAUGAAAGCACACCUUUGCCUCCAACUCCCCAGCCACCGGAAAUAUCAGCUGCUGAGUCAUGA